AUGUCAGUAAUUCUAGGAAUUGGUUCUCUAGGAGAUAAGGAUAGCAAUGGCGAAUCACCACUAUCAUCCAACACAUUCAGUCGUCGCAUUCGUCCACCACCAAUAAAUACAAGUAGCUUGGAGGAAGGCAGAGUUCCAUUGAAAGGUCCAAAAGUCCAUAGAAAGGAGUCCAAAGGUGGUCUUCGAGGAAUGUUCUCUCGUAAUAAAUCCGAGAAGAAUGCGGUAUCGCCAGUUCCUGAAGGAAAUAAAUCGGCUUCACCAGUCACAUCACCCACACCACUUUCCCCAAAGCUAAUGAGUCCCAUCACAAGUCCAGUAGGAGACAGUUUCUUUCGAAAGUUUGGUGCCGGUAAUACAACUGAUGUGGCCUCUCCCACCACACCUGCUACACCAGGGAAUACUACUGGGACCCCAUCACGUCUGAAUCUCAGAUCCAAAUCAGCCAAGGAUAGCAAAAUUGCCGCCAAGCCUACACCGAAAACAAGCCCAAAAGCAUCAGUGUUUGAUCCACCACCGUUAUUCCAAAGUUACCCUCAAUCUGUGAAGCAUGCUCGUCUUUCCGCCUCAACCUUAUCAGCAGAUGCAAUUAUCCGCAUGUCUAAUCAUAAAAGGAAUAUCAGUCUCCGGGACGAAAUAGCACAAACAACCGAGACAGGGCCAGAUGAGAAGAAGACAAUAAUCAAACAUAACAGACGACGAUCAGGUUCAAUAUCGAAAGGUGAAUGGACUCAAAAGAUUUUCGUUUUAGUAACUUCUGGUUACCUUCUACAGUACUCGGGUGAUGGAAAUUUUGACCGACUACCUGAAAAAAUGGUUCAGCUCGGCAAGGAGUCUGUAGCUUUCGCAUCAGAUGUUAUUCCAGGAAAACAUUGGGUGUUACAAGUAUCUCAAUCAAUGAGUGCGGAUGGAGUUCCAACCUCAGAUUCUAGGUCUUUAUUAUCAAGACUUGCGUUCAGAAGUGCAGAUUAUAGGAGGAACGCAACUAGUCUUUUACUUGUCUUGGACAGCGCUGAAGAAAUGGAUUCUUGGAUUGCUGUAUUAAGGAAGGAAAUUGAAACACUUGGAGGCAAGAAACAAAUUACAGAAACUGGAACUGUGAAGACAGAUGAGAAAACACCAGAGUUGAAGAGUCAACCAAGUCAUCGGUAUCUUGUCCAAAGAAGAGGCUCGGAUCAGGUUUCUAACUCUUGCUCACCACUUCAAAAUCCCUAUGAUCGCCGUUCAUCGUGGCAGCAAGAAGGGCAAGUUGGAGAAUUGGCUUUACCUUGGUCAACUCCUCGUGAGCGCCGCCCCUCUUGGCAGAAACCGGAAGGACAGAACAUUGAUGAAAUAUCCCCAACUGGCUUCCUUCCACCUUGGUCACUAAACGAAGCACAAAAUGAAGCUGCGAUCAGACCAUUAACCGGAUGUGGAUCGGUGACAAAUAGUUCUAGUUCAUAUGAGCAGAAUUUGGAAGGUUUGAGAGAUAGUAUUAACAGACUAUCCUAUUGCUCAUCCGACCAACGAACUCGCAUUUCAUCUCCAGCAACGUCGCCAGCUCGAGAUAGUACAUCUACCAUGGAAGAUCUACCACCUUUGUCCUUGGAGACGGUACGAGUGAGGCCAAAUGCUGCAGAGAUUGUUGAACGUAGAAGGUCACUUCAAGCACUUCAAGGGUCACGGGAUCCUAUACCUCAGAUGUCACCGCACCUUCAGACUCCUCAACAAACUUUUCGACACUCAAAUUAUGGUACAUCUACCCGAAUUAUGAGAAGCCCAUCACCUGCAACUCCAAAUUUCAGUGUACCUGUCUCUUCAAGCAAGAGGUUUUCGACUAGAAGCCCAGUCCCUGACAGACGACCAUCACUUCCUGCAAUGAAUACUAUGGAAGCUGAAAAGGGAAGCAAGAAGGGACCUCCAAUGGCACUUUCUGUGACUCAACCACUAUCCCCUGUCAUGGACAUAUCAUCACCAAGACGGAUUCCAAUACCUGUUACGUCCAUGGAAACGUCACAUCGGCCAGUUGCACUCAAUAAACCAUCCACCCUUGAUAUUGGAUCACGUUCCCUAGGAAGGUCUUCUAUUAAAAAGCGACCAAGCAAAGAAUUAAGAUCUACUCGACGUGUCUCGAGUUUCAUGCCAUCAAAUAAUACAUUAGAAGUUCGGAACAAAGAUUUGCGUCGCCAUUCAAGCAUGCAGGCAGUUGGUCAAACCACGUCACCCUUGGAAUCAAAUGGUUCAAGUGCAUCCAAAUUUCCUAAAGUACCUUCAACAAAUUCGACUCAUGAUGAAUCCUUCGAAAGUAUAAAAGAAAAUGACUGCGAUUCAUUACCAACUCUUCAAGAAUCUUCACUUCAACUUCAACCAUUACCAACACUUCCCGAGUUUCCCAUCAAACAAAACACACAGCGUCGACCAAGAAGUAUGCUUGCCACUUCUGGUCAACAAUCAACCAUCGCUGAAGAUUUAUCCAAUACCCCACGUCGCAAGCGACCUUCUUCAACUCUCGCCCCUACGACUCUCUCUCCUACCCUUAUUUACAAAGCAAAUCACACUGAUUUGGAACCACCAAAAUCUCGAUCAGGAAGAUCUGUCUCAAACAGAAGAAGUUUACCAGCUCUUAUGCAUGGUGCUCCUCCAGCUCCUCCUCCAGAUUGUGCUUUACCUCCUUUACCUCCCGGAAGUGCUACGAUCAUCAGUCGGAAAAGUUCGAGUACUCUUGUGAAUUCGAGAAAGGAGAUUGAAAUCAGGGGUUGA